AGAAUAAAAAAAUCAGAAGCAGAGUUCUUGUUUGAGGUUACAAUUCAAUGUAAACUAAGAAAAUAACUGAUAGGAAUUUUAAUGGCCACAGUUCAUGUCUUAUAUACCAAUAGAAGUUUAAAAAUUCCUUAGACGUUAUUAAUCAUUGUACAGUUUUAAAUGAUGACUAAAUAUUAGACCACAUAUACCCAUAAUACAAAAGCACACAUUUCAGACCACAGUUAUACAGGUUGUUUUGUACAAAAUUUCCAUUGCUAUUUCUAUACACACAGACUUCACAAAAUAUCACAAUGUUAUUAGUCACUGACCAGUUUUUCUCUUUUCCUUAUUUUAAGACAACAUCUGCCCUUUAUACUGUCAACAAUAAUUUAGUUUGACCUUUCUCAUGUCAUGAAUAGCUCACUUCUGGAAGUUCUAUCUGGCUUAAGCUUAUGAGGCUGAAGUACAGAAAAGAGGAACAGGUUGUAAAGAACUCAUUCAUUCCUUCAAUGAAUGCCACUUGUAUUUAUUGAGUAUCUACUAUAUACUCACAACUGUACUUGAUAGAACAAAUACAAUUAUAGAAACCAUUCAGGUCACAAAUGUAGCUCUUCUACAGAAAAGGGCAUUGACUCCACUUUCAUAGUACAACUAAAAUAAUCCUGGUAAUUUUCAACAACAAUAAAUACAAGGUUUGGGAACUCCUGAAAUGAUCUCACACUGAACCUCAACAGCACCUCGUAGGACAAUUACCCCAUCACCUUUUCUUUAUAUACCUGGCUACUCUAAUACCAAAAAAGAAGCAGAUUCAGUUUGCUGGAGCAUUUCCUUUACCUAGUUGAGUUUUUCAUUAUGCAACAAUGUUUACUCAACAAGAAACAUUUCAAAAAUUAAAAAGCAAAAACACCCCACCAGGAUGUCCUUUCAACAAACUGACAAACUUAUCAAUGUUGUCAUCUUUGAGUACUCUUUGAUUCAAAUUUUAAAUGAACUAGUCCUAGAAUAUUUAUCAUAUUUAUCCAUCAAAUCAUAAAAGCUCUGUAUUUCCCUCUCACAGAAUUUUUGCACUAGUAAUUAUCUGGGCAAUCAUUUGCUUCAAUACUUCUAUUUUACAGACAGUGAGGUAGUGGCUCAAAGAAUUCAGGUGAGUUGUUGCUAUUCUGUUUGACAAAGUUUCUUUACAGAUCUUCAACAUUUUAGAGUUUAGAAGAACCUAAUAAACUUCUGAAUGGAAUAAUAGCACUGGAGGGCUAAAGUCAUGAGGCCUAAUCCUGUAGUAGGAGGCCUGUGAGACCUUCAGAAUUACAAAUUCCUACAAAAUGAUUCAAUUUUCUCUACCUCAUCCCUUAACAUAGUCAUCCAAUUUAUGGAAGCAUAUGAGAGGAAGCCUAUUCCACUUUUUCAUGACCCUAAUUUUUGGGAACUACCUUCAUAUUUUCAUUUGAAAGCUGUCCCGGAACUUCCUCUUACUGACCUUCCUCCUAUCUCUGGAAUUAGAAAGACUGACAUAUGUAACCGAAGAGAGCUUUCAAAUGUAUGAGGAUAACAAUCACAUCGUUGCCAAGUAUUAACACUCUCAAGUUUAUUCAGUCAUUUCUCCUAAGACUUAGGACCUAGACCCCUAACCACCGUGGGAUGCUCUAAACCUUCUAUAGAAUGCAGCAUCCAGAGCUGACCAGGAAUGACCAGGUCACCUGUGGAUAAGAACAGAACCUCUCAUGUUCUGACCUCUAUAUGUCUAUUAAUUUAGCCUACAGUAAAUUAUGUUUUGAUAGCCAUGUUACAUCGUUGGCUUAAAGUGAGUCAACUAAAACUAUAAGGUGCACAGUGCGGGUCUUCUACAUCCUGUGAACAGAGGCUGGAUUUUCACUCUAAGAUGCCCCCAUCUGACUCUUCCCUUGUCAUUCAUGUGCCCAUUCACUCGGCCUCCUGCCUGAAAACACUCACUAAUCCCUGUACACAUGCAUCUUUCUCCCACUCACCACAGAAAAUUUUGUUUCUUUCUCAUAAGCUGUUAAGAUACAGAAUGAGUAUACUACUCUCUGCACCAACCUUCCAGGUAGGCAGAAUUAUCAGCAUUGAUGUUUUUUUCUUAAAACUCAUACUUUUACACAGAAUAUGGAUACAAAUCAUCAGUAUCUAUGAUUUUUUUUUCUAGUUAAGGUUUCUUGCUUCAGUCUCUCUCAAAGAACUUUUUUAAUACUUACAUCUUUAUAGAAAAAUUUAUAAAGUUCCAUACAUAUCAGUAAUUGAUAAAUUCCAAGGGGUUUUUGGAUAACUAUUAAAAAAAAACCACUAACAGAAAAAAUUUCACUUCCCAUUAAAAAAAAAAAGUGCACACGCAUAUAUGAGGCUAACUGAUCAUUACUGUGCUCAGUCACAGGGUGACAGAAAAAAAGUCACCACCAUAAAAGGAUGUCUGCAUAAUCUCUCUUAAAACGACGUGCCAAGGUUAACCUACAUCAGUUUUGGGCAAAUACUGACUGCCUCGACACAGCCUGAACAAGCCACUAAGAGCCUAGACUAUUUGGAAACCACAGACUCUCAGUUCUUCAAGAGCAGCAUGGACUAGAGGCCCCUCCCAAGGACUGGAUAGAGUAAGAGACAUGAAGCCCGGUCAUUAGAGAGAAGGGUCCAGAGUGCCUUUAACUUCCUGACAAUCAAUUGCCUCACAUGGAAAGGAGACACCUCAAACACUGCUGAUGGAUAUAAAAAUGGACAACAAUCUUACUACACCCUCUACAGCUCCUCAGGAAAGCAACUGUGAUCUGUACGCACACCACAACACAGCCAUGGUACUGAUGCCUCUGCAUUACAGCAUCGUCUUCAUAAUCGGGCUCGUGGGAAACUUGUUAGCCUUGGUUGUCAUUGUUCAAAACAGGAAAAAAAUCAACUCUACCACCUUAUAUUCAACAAAUUUAGUGAUUUCUGAUAUACUGUUUACUACUGCUUUGCCUACACGGAUAGCCUACUAUGCACUGGGCUUUGACUGGAGAAUCGGAGAGGCCCUGUGUAGGAUAACAGCUCUCGUGUUUUACAUCAAUACCUAUGCAGGUGUGAACUUCAUGACCUGCCUGAGCAUUGACCGGUUCUUCGCUGUGGUGCACCCUCUGCGAUACAACAAGAUAAAAAGAAUUGAACAUGCAAAAGGUAUCUGCAUAUUUGUCUGGAUUCUAGUAUUUGCACAAACACUCCCGCUACUCAUAAAACCUAUGUCAAAGCAGGAGAGUGAAAGGACUACAUGCAUGGAAUAUCCAAACUUUGAAGAGACCGAAUCUCUUCACUGGAUUCUGCUUGGUGCCUGUUUCAUAGGCUAUGUACUUCCACUCAUAAUCAUUCUCAUCUGCUAUUCUCAAAUUUGUUGCAAACUCUUUAAAACUGCAAAACAAAACCCACUAACUGAAAAAUCUGGUGUAAACAAAAAGGCACUCAACACAAUUAUUUUUAUAAUCGUUGUGUUUGUUCUCUGUUUCACACCUUAUCACGUUGCGAUUAUUCAACACAUGAUUAAGAAGCUUCGUUUUCCUGAUCUCCUAGAAUGUAGCCAAAGACAUUCAUUCCAGAUAUCUCUACACAUUACAGUAUGCCUGAUGAACUUCAAUUGCUGCAUGGACCCAUUUAUAUAUUUCUUUGCUUGUAAAGGGUACAAGCGAAAGGUCAUGAAGAUGUUGAAACGUCAAGUCAGUGUAUCAAUUUCCAGUGCCGUGAAGUCAGCUCCUGAAGAAAACUCACGUGAAAUGACGGAAACACAAAUGAUGAUACAUUCUAAGUCUUUAAAUGGAAAGUAAAAAAGGAAUUAAAUCUUGGAUUUGUAGCAAAGUAAACAGUAUGAUGAACUUUGCAGGACUUCUCUUACAAAGUAAAAUGGCUGUUCAACUUCCAAUUAGGAUUCUUUUAAAUUCCUUUCAUUGGGCACUAUUCCCCACCUUUAACUUGGAAAUAAAAUGACAUAUAUGUAUUUUUUACACUCCAGAGAACAUAGAGCAAAGUUCUAAUCUGUAAAUGAAAUACUGUACCAAAAGGGAGCCUAUUUUCAUAGCUCUUAGUAAAGUUCUACAUUCAUGAAAAAUUAAAUCAUUAAUAUUUCCCACCAAUAAUUUGGAAAAAGAUGGUUAAGAUUAUAUAUUGCCAGUGUAAAAAUGUUAAUAUUGUAACAUAUCUCUUUUUUUGAUAAUGUAUUUCUUCAAUCCAUGUUUCCUUCAUUCUUAUUUUAUCUCCUCAAUAACACCAGCUGUUAGUUUGAUUUGUUCUGAGUCCUACCUAAGAUUUUGUCUCAAACAAGUCUUUUGGAAUAAAGAGCACGAUGCCACAAAA